UUUGCAACCUGCAGCUUUGGCUUUUUUAUCCAGCGCCCAGCAAAGUAACUUUAAAAAAUAAAAGGACCAAUAUUUCAGUGUAAAAAUGCUCAGCAGGUGAUCAGAAAUGACGUCAUAACAGGAAACCAGAAUAAUCCAGGAGAUCAUUUCCAUGGAUGGAAAGAAUGAGAUCAAUAAGUUAUUGAUUUCCAGUAUUGAUCAAGAAGAAAGCUGAAAGAAACCAAAUGUGUUGAUCACUCAGAACAAAGAAAUGCAGCUUUAAUAGUUUGGAUCAAUGAAAGAUUGAUGCUCAGUUCUCUUCACAUCAUGUUGAAGCCGUUUGGAAAGAAAAGUGGGCUCAGAGUCGGCAGAAGAAAAGGCCAAAUAUUGAUGAAGCAGGAAGAGCAGUUUGGGAUCAGAUCCAGAUCAGAUGUUUGUGUGUCUCGGUGUUCUGGACUGAUGUUGAACAUGUGGAGCUGAGAUUCAUUUACAGAACAGAGAUGAAAACAUUUGAAAGCUUCUUCUCUUCAAAGUUCAGCUUUAGAUCCAGAAAUGUAAAAGUCCAGCAGCUCAACACUGACAGGAGACAUUACUGUGAAGCAGCACAUGGACAAAACAAUCCCAGCAGCAUCAAGACUCUGAUCAUCUCCAACAGCUUCCUGUGUUUCUGUCCCCUGUUAGCUGCUGCUCUCAUCUGCUUCUGUCAAUAAAGUUAUUCAAACUGCUGCUGCUGUCUGUGCAGCUCAUGUUCUGCUUUGUUGUCCUCUCAGUCUGUCAGGUGGAGGUGGAGGAGGGGGCGGAGUCUGUCCUGCUGCCCUGCAAGACCACAGACAACCUGCCUGAGGACGCUACAGUGAGGUGGAUCCACUAUGAUCCCUAUGAGACGGUCCACAUGUAUCAGAACGGCUCUGACCAGCCUGACCAACAGGACCAGGUUUACAGAGACCGAACAGAGAUGAAGGAAGACCUGCUGAGAACUGGAGACCUCAGUCUGACCCUGAAAUCCCCCACAGACAGAGACGGAGGAACAUACUGGUGCAAAGUCUACGACAAGAAGGGAGUCCUCAUGAGAUGGAAAUCAGUUGAUCUCAGGGUCAAAGAGAGAAGCAGGAACAGAAGCAGCUCCACUGAUCCAACUCCUCUGAUGGCCGAUCAACCUGUUUGAUCUUUGAUCAUUGAUCCGAUCUGACUCUGGAUCAGAGAGAAAAUGGAGGUGAAGCAGCUGAUGGAGGACGGAUGAAGACAGGAGGACGCUUUGUCAGCUUCUUCUUCACUCUGACUCCUCCUACUGACUCUCACACACAGUCUACACACUCACUAUUGAUUCCUGCUGAUCAGUGAUGUCAGAGUGAGGUCAGCGUGAUGUCACAUGGCUUGAACGGGCGUGUUUCCUGUGAACCUCCCAGCGGCUGGAUAACAGCUGCGGCUCUCUGGAUAUUUGUGGCUCGUUCUAAUGCGUGCAGUCAAACAAACUUUAUUUCUACAGACACAGAGAAGUCAGCAGCUGCAGGAAAUCAGAACCACUGACAGGAAGUUAAGAGUCAAGUUAAACCACAUGUCAGAACUUUCUACAGCAGCAGGAUUUAGAAGAUGCUGGAAGCUGCUGUCUUUAGAUUUUGGACCCGUCACAAUUUGUCACAUUUUCUGAAGCCACAACAAAUCUU